GGAAUAGACUUGCUGGGCGGUAUAAUCCCAGAAAUGUGCCUCAGAUACCCAGACCUGCACUUUCUCAUUGGAGGUGAGGGGCCCAAGAGAAUCAUUUUAGAGGAGGUACGAGAAAGAUACCAGCUUCAUGACAGAGUUCGGCUGUUGGGCGCUCUGGAGCACCGCCAGGUACGGAAUGUCUUAGUGGAAGGUGACAUAUUCCUCAACACAUCUCUUACUGAAGCUUUCUGCAUGGCAAUUGUUGAAGCUGCUAGCUGUGGCUUGCAGGUGGUGAGUACCAGAGUGGGUGGGAUUCCCGAGGUGCUGCCUGAGGAUUUCAUCAUCCUGUGUGAGCCGUCAGUCAAAUCUUUGUGCGAUGGAUUGGAGAAAGCCAUAGAUCAGCUGAGGACAGGAAAAUUACCCUCGCCUGAAACCAUCCACAACACUGUGAAGACUUUUUAUACUUGGAGAGAUGUAGCUGAGAGAACGGAGAAAGUAUAUGAUCGAGUCGCUAAUGAAACUGUCUUG